AGUCACAGCGCCACCUCCCGGCCGCACACUGCGUCUCAGGCUCAUCCCGUAGCGGCGUCAGUCAGAGGCGGCACGAUGACGUCAUUCACCUAGCGCGGGUGAUGCUGGGGGUGGAGUCAGUUGUAGAGAUGCUCCGCCCAGGCGCUGGCGGGGGCGGAGUCACGCACAAGAGAGCUCGCAGUUGCUGUUAGAGACGCGGAGGCAUGCUGCAAGGCGGAGGCCGCGGACUGGGCGCUCUGGCGAGUGCAGCUUUCCACCGCCUGCCACAGCACUACUCUUGCCCCCGGUUUUCCGAUGCGGUACAGAGAAGACGCAGGGGACUCCGCAGAAAGAUCUCUCCUUAACAAACUGAUCCGGAAGUCUGUGGUGGAAUCUUCUUACAAUGUGGAAGUGCAGCACAAUGAUCCCUCGUCGGCGUUGUUCUCGGUGAAGACGUUUGAGGAGCUGCGACUAAAUGACUUAUUCCAUGAGAGUGACUUUUCUCCCUGCAGGAAGCCCGAAUUGAUACAGGGAAUCUACGCAAUGGGAUUCAACAGACCUUCCAAAAUCCAGGGGACGGCUCUUCCGCUGAUGCUCGCAGACCCCCCCCAGAAUCUGAUCGCUCAGAGCCAGUCUGGAACUGGGAAAACAGCCGCUUUCGUACUCGCCAUGCUCAGCCGCGUGGAUGCCAUGGAAAAAUAUCCACAGUGUAUCUGUCUCAGUCCUACGUUCGAAUUGGCGUUGCAAACAGGACAAGUUAUAGAACAGAUGGGACGGUUCUGCGACGGCAUCAAUGUGAUUUAUGCUACACGUGGGUCCAGACCAUCCAGAGGCAGCAGAAUAGAAGCUCAGAUCAUCGUCGGAACCCCGGGAACAGUAAUGGAUUGGUGCCUUAAGCUAAAGCUUUUUAACCUGCAGAAUAUCCGCGUGUUGGUCCUGGAUGAAGCUGAUGUCAUGAUCGCAGUUCAGGGUUAUUGUGACCAUAGUGUACGAGUGAAGAGAGCGAUGCCGCCAAGCUGCCAGAUGCUCCUGUUCUCCGCGACGUUUGAGGAGUCCGUGUGGCGCUUUUCGGGGAAGAUUGUGCCAAACCCUAACAUCAUAAAACUGAGGAAAGAAGAGCUGACGCUCGAUAACAUUCAGCAGUUUUAUGAAGCUUGUGAGGAGAAGGAAGACAAGUACCAGGCGCUGUGUAACAUCUAUGGCACAAUCACCAUCGCUCAGGCCAUUAUCUUCUGUCAGACGCGGCAAACAGCCAAUUGGCUGUCACAUGAGAUGGCUAGGGCUGGCCACUGCGUGGUGCUACUAAGCGGAGAGCUCCCGGUGGCAGACCGCGCCGAAAUUAUACGGAGAUUUCGCGAUGGCAUGGAGAAAGUCCUCAUCACUACAAAUGUCUGCGCCCGAGGAAUUGAUGUGGAACAAGUGUCCAUUGUAGUCAACUUUGACCUUCCUUUGACUUUGGGGGGCUACGUAGAUUACGAGACUUACCUGCAUCGAAUUGGCCGCACCGGCAGAUUUGGCAAAAAGGGCGUGGCCAUCAAUCUGGUGGAGAAAUGCUGCUUAUAUAUGCUGCGGGACAUUGAGGAGCAUUUUGACACAAAAAUCAAGAAACUGAACACAAGCGACAUGGACGAGAUGGAGAAGUUGUGUCACUGAGGGAAAUGAUAUCUGCGCGAUUCCGGAACUCUGCUUUAUAUGUUCAAUGCUAAUGCUGAAAGUGUAUGUAACUGAGCGACAUAGCAUCUGUGUAAUUCAUAAAUUGUGGUUAUAUGUUUAGUGUUACUGUUAGAAAUAAAAGUGUUUCAGCACUGUGGGCUGCCA